GUUGAUUUCUGUGUUGGUUGAGCUUCAUUGUUUGGUUCUUACCUUAUCCUGUUUUUGUUGAUUCGUUACAUGUUUUACUGAGUUCAAUCCUCUGUUUAGACAUUUAUUUUUUUCUUGUUUUAUGUUUGUUCCUCUAUCAUCUUGUUCAUUUGCUUCAUUGCAUAUACGUUUCUGAAACCUUUGUUUACUUAGUGUUUGAUUAUGUUUUUUUUUUACUUCUCUGUUUGUUUACCAAUAUGUUUGAUUCUGAUUAAAAUGGUUGCUUUGUUAUUUAUCAUAAUUGUAUAUAUAACUAAUUUUGCAGAACAUGAAUUCUUUAUUCUAAUUCGUUUCAUGCUAACUUUUUUUCAUUGCUAGAUAUGGAUUCUCUUAGCAGUAAGCGAAACUAUCCACGACUACUCUACAAAAAAAGGAAAGCUCCUAGUCAGCGGAAGAGUAUGAGUUAUUAUAGUUAUUUGUCAAAUUUUCAAAUGGUAGAAGUAGGUGUGGGACUUGAUGGCUGGGAUGCGGUGAAGAAGUCUGCAAUUGGUGUAUUUCCUAGAUUUUAUGAGCUUAUGGUUCGUGUUAAGCCUUUUAUUACACAAACAGAAGGAGAGCUUCUGCCUCAGUGGGAUGAUGGAGUUGAUGAUGAAGAUGUAACAAGCCUGGUCGAUGAUAUCAGAAAUGAUUGUGUAGAUCAAGGAUUUUGGGAUGUCACUGAAGAACCUCCAGAUUAG